ACCGGACCAGAAUCACAGACCAAACAGACGGCGCUGGGAUGAGUUUGGGCCACAAGAGUGUGAGGGUGACAGGGAAGUAUGUGCCUCCAGCAGACUGGGACAGAGGAGGUCCAUCCAUAGUGCACUCUCACAGCAGCACCCCUGUACAACCACAAACGCCCACUGUGAUCUCCAUCAGCCCGCUGGCUCACAGGCUGCCUGAGCAGCAGAGGAAGGAUGAAGCUGCUGUGAAGGAGGACUGGGUCCAGGGGGCGUCUUCUCAGACCUGCGGUGAGAUAGAAGUCCCCAGGCACACCAUGGAGGAACUGAAGACCAUCCUGAGGGACACUCCUCUGCUUAGCAUCCGGGGCAGAGGUGAUGGGAAAACAGGCGGUCCUUACUCAUACCUCCACCCAAGCAGCAACAGGCCUGGAGGAUGGCAGGAAGAUCAAAACCAGCAGAGGACCUUCAGCACCUUCAAACCCCUCAGUGAUGCUUCCAGAAGGGGGGCCACAUUCAGAGAUAACACAGCUAUUCAGUGGGCUUCCAGCGUGGAUUCAUCCAGCUCGUUCAGGCCUGACGUGAGCACAAACAAGCCGGCGGGAGCACGAGCGAACACACGUGAGAGUGAGAGCAGCUUGUGUGGAGAGACAGCAGCUUCUCAGACAGAUAACGAAAGCGAGAUUUUUGAGAUAUCUGGAAAUCAGUGGUUCAUUUCAGCCAUGGAGCAGAUCAAGCAGCAAAUCGCCAGAGAGAACAUCAACUUUGUCCGCUUUGAAGCCACUGACCUCCACGGGGUGUCCAGGUCCAAGACAGUGCCCAUCCGCUUCUUCCACGAGAAAGCCGUGUACGGGGUACCAAUGCCAAGAAGUUACUUGGAGCUGACCCUGAGCCCAAAGAGCAACGAGGUAGACCACCCCAAUUCCGCCAACUUCAGCAGUGAUGUCCUUUUGAUCCCGGACCUUUCGACCUUUAGGAUCCUACCCUGGGCUGAACAGACAGCCAGGGUCAUUUGUGACCCUUGCACAGUGACAGGAAGUGCCCUUCGGACUUCACCUCGCCUGAUCACCAAACAGCUUCUCGGGCAGCUCCAAAGCUUAGGCUUCUCCCUGCAUUCCUCCUUCACCUAUGAAUGCUGUGUUCUGGGAGCACCAGAUCGGAUUGGGCCCAAGACCCUCCUGUUUCCCGCUACCACCCUACUGAGCAACCACGACCUACCUUUCUUCCAGCAGCUGGUAGAUAGCAUGUAUUGCAUGGGUGCGGACAUCGACAGCAUGGCUUCCGCCAGCGGCCCGGGCCAGAUGGAGAUCAACCUGAGGCCGGAGUUUGGGAUAGCAGCUGCAGAUAGCGCCUUCACUUUCCGCACAGGAAUCAAAGAGAUGGCUCGCAAGCACAGCUAUAUCGCCAGCUUCUUCACCGAUGAUGGCCUGUACAAUGCCGGCGUGCUCUCGCACUGCCUGUGGGACGCCAGUGGACGAUGCAGCCUAUUUCACAGCGGGGAGAAGGCAGGCGAGCUGUCUGAGAUCGGCACCAAAUGGCUUGCUGGGCUCCUCACCCACUCUGCUGCACUGAGCUGCCUGAUGUCACCCGGCCUGGGUUGCCGAAGCCACAUCGCCAAGACCAUCAAAGACCAAAAGCGGGCACUGUUUGCCACGUGUGGCUGCAACGACAACAGCAGUUCCUUCAACAUUAAGAGCCACGGGGGGAGAGAGAUGCACAUCGACAACAAGCUGGGCUCGGCCAUGGCCAACCCUUACAUUGUGCUGGCUGCCACGGUGGCCGCAGGGCUGGACGGCAUCCGGCGGAACCUCAGGGUCGAGAGCGGCCUAAACAAGGCGCCCGCCCAGCAAAGGGAGUUUUCCAUUCCUGUAAAGCUGGAUGAAGCUCUGGAAGCUUUGGGAGACGACCACGUCAUCCGUAGUGCACUCGGAGAACCGUUUGUUCAGUAUUUCAUCACCCUGAAGAAGUUUGAGAUCGAGACCCAAGAACUGGAUGACGAGAGAAACAAGUGCAUGGAGUAUUUCAUCUAGAAGGCUUGUUCAUAUUCAGCACAGCCACACAAAUAAAAGAGUGACAAAAGAGUGCUUGAAUAGAAAAUGCUUUAUUUUACACACACACACACACACACACACACACACACACACACACACACACACACACACACACACACACACACACACACACACACACACAUAUAUAGUUGAAAAAGUAUUAUUAUACAGACUAGAUAUUCUUUCCAUUAUUUCACCCUCAACGUGCAAACAUUUGCAUUUUUAAGACAUUUUCUUCUGAUAUAUAAUUUCACUGACACAGACGUCGCUCUGACUAACAUGGACAUUGAAGUCCUUUAAAGUACUACCUUCAUUAAAGUUACACUGUAACGUUUAAGCAUCAUAUUUUGCACAAAAUUUUAUCGUGAUCCCGAUGAGACUUCAAAAAAAUCUCUUGGUUUAUUCUCAGACUCAUUUAUUGUAAUAAAUACCAAGAUCCUGUGAUAAAAAUCCAUUUCAUGAGAGAACUAUUGCAGCUUUAAUGUUACUCCCUUCAAUGCAUAUCACAGGUGUUCCUGUUUUUGUGACCUCUAGCUGUUGUCACUGCAAGUACAUUUUGGCACUCAAAAUAUUUAAAAGCAUCAUUUUAAUGAUUUUUUUUAUUUUAUUUAGGUUUUAUCUAAUUAAUCAUUAUCAGCACAGCAUCCUAUACGAGGUAAAUGUGUAAAUCUUAGUCCCACUAUGAAGAUGUUACUUCACACCAGCAACACUUUCCCAACCUGAAUACUAUGACAUCAUGAUGACUGGUGUAGGCAUCAACCGGAAGUUCUCAGCUUUUCAUAGGCACCACGUUUGGGUUAAUAAACGCAGUACAAAAGUCAUGCUGCUCUUGAGAUUUCCUGUAUUAUUAUUAUUUUUUUUUUUUUCAAACAGCUGUUCAUGCCCAGAAGCUGAAACGACGCACAUUACGUGACCACAAAUGUGUUGGUGGAGCUCUGGUCUUCUAGUACUUAUGUCCUCAGUGAGGAGCACGUGACAUGCUUGAGGAUUUUGCUUCCAUUUUUCUUGUUUUUUUCCCCCCUUUUUUUGAUUUCUCACAAGUUAUUAGCACCUUUUGUUUUUUGUUUUUUCUGUCAAUGAUUUUUUGCAGCUGUCCUGAGCCGGCGGGCUGGGAGGUGUGAGCAAACAGUAACAAAUAUUCUGCAUUCAAAGGGUUAAAAAAAAAAAAAGCAUAAAAUGCCAAAGUAGUGUGAAGUUACACAACUCCAAUGGAAAAGGGAUAUUCAAUUUUCACAGAUAAACACAAACUAUUUGUUAAUAACAGAUACUUCAUUUACAUCUACAUCAAGGCACAAUUAAUUCUAUAACAUAUGACAACAUUAAUAAAAUAUUCUUCAUGUUUAUGGUUGAGCCAAAGGUGUCAAAAUUAGGACAAAUAUACAACUUCAAACAAUAUAUAAACAUUUAGCGAACCAGGAAGUGAAAACACUAACUAAAACCUCACAAAGAAGAAGAACAAGAAGAAUGAAAACUUUUACAUUAAAGCUCUUUCCUUCACGUUUCACAUGUUAAUAUUUUUUUCUUCACCAUCAGGUUUGUAGUGACUUUUGUGAUCGGACAGCCUUCAGGUUUCACUUUCAACACAAUAUGCAAAAACAAAGCGAAACAUCAUAAAAAAUGGAUUUUUAUAGAAAUCUCUUCUGGCUUCAUGGCACAGCACUAUAUUUACUAAAGGCUGAUGUAUGUGAUGCACAGAAUGUGUCGAUAAACAGUUGCAGACUUUCGCCUGUUUUUUUUUUCCUCCUCAUAAAUCACUUUAUUUUUGAUGGCUGUUGUAGUUGGAUUUUGUUGGUGGAUUUUAUCAUCAGCAAAUAUUUGGUUCCUACGUUUCUCCAAAGUUCAUAAUUAGUCUGACAGCGUCCAGACUACAGAAAGUCCUGUAAUGGUUUGGUGGAUCAGAUGUCAGCGAGACCUAAUUAUGGUUUCUGAGCAUCCACACUGUUACUCCAUGGGGAUCAGGUCUCAGAAACCCGAUACAUGUACCAUGAAGUGUCACAGCAUAACCAGGACUGUAAACACUCAUGUAGCGGUAAAAGCAGGUCUGUUUGACGCGGGGCACAGAUUUCACUGUACAAACUGGUGUUCUGAUCCACUUGAGUCCAGCAAAACAAGAUCUGACCCAAAUCCCACUCAGCUGACUGAAACAUGGGUGCUUCCCAGAAAGCAAGUGGUCCAAUGUCACGUUUAAAUGUAUUAAUUACAAAGAGUUCCAGGGAAAUUAAGACCCACUGAUGGAACUGAGAUCAAUAGAGGGAAUACCUCAGCCAAGGGCCAACAGUCCACCAGAUCUGGGUCUCUAUCUGGAUCAGGAGAAAAUCACUUUUACAGGCAGCUGCACAAAAUACAUCAAAGGUUUUCUAUACGCCGAGUUAUUGGCAAUAAUCUUUAAAACUGCCCAACCUUUCAUUGGUAAAGAAAGCAAAAACUCUUGUUGCUUAAUCUAAUUCAUGACCAAAAUUGAUAUUGUUUAUUUCUAACAUCUAUUCUUUCCAUCAAACGGAAAACAAAAAUCAGAUUGGACUCUAAUUCUUUACAUGGGAACAUUAUGAUUAUUGUUAAAACUGAUCAAAACCUUAUAACCAUAAUCUGUAAGUACUCAAUAUACAGCUGUUUACUUAAUUACCACAUGAGGACAGUGUAGAUAUAUUGUGACAUGCAGAAAUUUCAUGUAUUUUUGGCUCAGAAGCAUAUUAUUUUUAUAUAAAAUAAUAGUUUAUAUUGUCUGGCACACUGAGCACCAACAUGAGCAACCAAAAACAUAAUGUCAGUUUUGAGGAUGGAAGGGGGUGCAUUUCAUGGGUUCUCCAUAAAAUAUGGAGUUGCGUCAGGAAGAGCAUCUGCUUAAAACCUGAGCCAAACCAACAUCCAAAUCCACCUCAGAGCCACUGUGGCGACCCAGUGUGAAAGCAAGGGAGCAGCUAGAGGGUCUUACUUCUUAAGGGGUUACAUUAUGGACGUGCAAUUUAUUAGCAAGUAAGUGAAGAAAGGUAAAAAAGAACAUUUUUGGCAAAAAUAAAUAAAUAAAUAAA